AUGAGUGAAAUAUAUUCUUCUAUUAAAACAGAAAAUAUUGCUGAUAACGAUGGGCAGGUAGAUUGUAAUAAUAAAGGUGAAACUCAAACAACUUCUUUAAUUGAUUAUAAUGGUGAAACUUCUUUUUCUUCUCCUACACAUAGUAAUACAACUUCAAGUUCCUUGAAUCGUUCUUUAAAUUCUUCAAGUUGUAAUGACUCCGGAUUGGAGAAUGAAAAUAGUAUGUAUCAAAUUAUUACCGGAUCGAGAAAUGGAAACUCUGAUACGAGUAUUUUAUCAGAAGAUACCUCACUUGAAAAUUUGGCACCUAAAAUAGAAGAGACACCAACGUCAAAAUCUGAUGAAAAUAGUAGUAUUACACAAGGUGCUCAUAUAACAUUAUGGCAAUUUUUAAAAGAAUUGUUAGAUGAUGAAAGAUACACUAAGUACAUUGAAUGGACAAACAGAGAUAGGAAAGAAUUUAAAUUUACUGAUCCAGAUGAGGUUGCUCGACUUUGGGGUGCAAGAAAAAAAAAUAAUAAAAUGAAUUAUGAAAAAUUAUCUCGUGCUUUACGAUAUUAUUAUAAUAAAGAAAUUAUUACAAAAGUUAAUGGCCAGAAAUACAAGUAUCGUUUUAAUAUUAAUCCUGAUGAAAGUAAAAAUUACAACAACAUAAACAAGGCAAAUUCACCAUCAACAAUGAUUAAUCAAUUUCCAGGAAUUUUUAAUUAUUCUCUUACCUCCUCAUUUAAUUCAACAAGAACACCUUUUUCUUUAGUUGAACCAGUACCACAAAAAAUAUUUACUUCUCCGGAGGAUAAUAAUGAAUCUUUAACAAGUUCAGAUUUUGGAUCUGGAGAUUCUUCUCCAGAAUUUCCACUUUUUCGUAAAAGAAGUUUAUCACCUAAUUCAACAAACAAAACUUCAACGCCUCUUUCUAAAAAAAAUUGUUCAAAUGAUGAUACUACUCAUACUGAUAGAGAACCAGUAAGUCAAGUUAAUCAGCAACACUUUCCAAUGGGAAUGUUUCCUAUGAUGACUCCAAAUUACUUACCUUUUGUUGAUCAGAAAUCUUUUCAAUAUCAAUCGUAUAUUUUUUUAAUGACAGCAUAUAAUGCUCAAUUAAUGAAUUCACUACCAAAUAUGCAAAUAAAUAAAAUGUCUGGUAGACCAUGUGCUUUUUCAAAUAUAAAUCCACCACCUCAAUUUUUUCAACCAUCUUUUAGUAAUGAUCUCUUAUCUUCGGGAUUUCAAAAUCAAUUACCGUCACUUUUUCCAAUGGGAAGUUUACCAUUUCCAAUGCCAUUGUUACCACAAAAUAAUAUGGCUUCACUUAUUAAUACUAAUACUUUUCCAUGUUUUCAACUAAAUGAAUAUAUCACUAAUAUGACAUCAAAAUCAUCAAACAAUCAAAAAUGA